GCCUAAGCAAUACAAUUCAUUACGCUAACAUGCUACAUUCCCUUGUGCUGAUCAACUGAACAGCUGGUAUUAAGAGGCCGGAUGGGCCUACAGCUUCAUGACGAGCACGUUCAGGACUACUAAGCCCCCACAAGCGGAAAUAAAAGGAAACAAAAGAAAUACAAUGAUGAAGCGUACGCAAAAGAAAGAAAAGGGGAAAAGGCAAAGCAGAAACAAACCAUGGCCGGACCACACCCACAUCUAGAAAUUUGUUCAGGAGCCACAGCCAAGCUAAGGCAGGCUUCAUUGUUGCCACACUGAUCAAUAUCUCUUCUUCUGCCUUGCUCUUAGGAGAUAGAAUUAAUGGCCAAAAUAAGUGCAAAGUUGCCGGGUUUCUGCCUAAACAGAAUUAGGCCUCAUGCAAGAGUCCGUUCCCCUCCACAUUCUAAGCCUCAUGACAAUAUCAGUUCCACCAAAACUGAUAACAAAACUCAGAAUCCCGGCGAGGAAAAAGUACCCGUGUUGGUGAUUAGUAGGAAAAUAAUGAUUGUGGUUGAUUCAAGCCUUGAAGCUAAGGGAGCUUUGCAAUGGGCACUCUCUCACACUGUUCAGACUCAGGACACUGUUAUUCUUCUUUGUGUAACCAAGCCAUCUAAGCAAGCUGCUGGUACCGGUCAAGGCUCCGGCAAGCUGGAGAUUGUUCCAAGGGCUUAUGAAUUUAUUGACUCUUUGAAAAAAUUGUGCAAAUCGAAGAAACCGGAGGUGCAAAUUGAGGUUGCAGUGGUGGAAGGGAAGGAGAAAGGGCCUACAAUAGUGGAAGAAGCAAGAAGACAAGGGGCGUCAAUGCUGGUUUUGGGACAGAAAAAACGCUCCACAACAUGGCGUCUGCUGAUGAUGUGGGCAGGCAACCGGGUUACCGGUGGAGUAGUGGAGUACUGUAUCCAAAAUGCCGAUUGCAUGGCAAUUGCAGUGAGGAGGAAAAGCAAGAAGCUUGGAGGGUAUUUGAUCACCACGAAGCGUCAGAAAGAUUUCUGGCUCUUGGCUUAAGCUGCAUAUAUAUAUAAAAUAAAUAUAUAUUAACUAUAUCUGAGUCUUGUGAUCAUCAUAAAGAGUCGUCUAAUCUUACCAGUUGAAAAUGUAUGAUUGUUUCCGUAUUGUCUGUAAAUAAUAAAUCAUACGGCGGAAUGAAAAGGUUAUUGGGUGUGAAUGAAAAAGGUGAGUAGUGGCAGUAGUGCCAUUAUUUAGGCCAUUGGGCUAUGAUGGCAAAGGGAGAGACAGUGGGGGGUCCUUUGACCCCUUUAGGGUUUCUUCCAGAUGCUACAGUGGUAGCUGUGAGGGCACAUAGUGGUAUGGCAGACCUUUCUUGGCGACAUGGGACCUAAGUAAGGACAACGUGGGGGACACUCUGAUCCACCUGGAACUGUCCUUAAUUGGUUCACAAUUCUCACCUUCAUCUUGAAAGGACACGGAUCCUCUCCGGUUCAAGGGAGCCGGAGAGUAUCCGUCCCUUAUAAUCUACAGAUAUUUUUGACUUUUUUUAUAUAUAUAUAUUUAUAAGAAUGCCCUUACAUUAUAAGGAACAGGAUAAGAGAACCGGAGAGGAU